UAUCCAGGGAGUUAAAAGAGAGAAGGAUUUGGAGUUGGCAAUCGAGGAAUAAGGGAAGCAUUUGGAACCGCUGUGAACCCAGCAACUGAUGCUUUGCAGAACUCUACAGAAACCCAUGGAAACCGUUUCAUGUUCAGUUCUUCAUCCUCUUCCAUUUUUCAACACUUGCUCUUACAACAAACACUUCCAAUUCCUCAAAACCCAACUCUCUUUUCUCCCCAGUUUCUCCACUAACUUGCAUUUUCCCCGGAAAAAUUUCCCGCACUUCAAUGGCUUAACUGCUUUCAGAUCACUCCCACCCCAUAACAACCCAAACCCAUCUCAAGAACUCGCUAUUCUCCUCGAGGUUGAGGGGGUCAUUGUGGAUGUAUAUUGGAUGGGCAACCGCAAUGCCUUCAACACAGCAUUCCGGAAGCUUGGCCUGGACUGUGCAAAUUGGCCAGAACCUGUCUAUCUAGAUCUUUUAAGGAAGAGUGCUGGUGACGAGGAGAGGAUGUUGAUACUGUUCUUCAAUAAGAUUGGUUGGCCAACUUCAGUACCCACUAGUGAGCAGAAAACAUUCAUGCAAAAUGUUUUGCGGGAAAAGAAAAAUGCAUUGGAUGAUCUAUUGGUGUCAAAAGGCUUACCUUUACGACCUGGAGUAGAAGAUUUUAUUGAUGAUGCAUAUAAUGAAGGAAUACCUUUGCUCGUUCUUACACCCUGCUGUGAAAGUGAGGAUAAAGUAAGAAGAUUUAUUGCUGACAAGCUUGGCCCAGAAAGGAUUUCAAAGGUAAAGAUAGUUGGGAAUGAGGAGGUAGAACAAAGUUCUUAUGGUCAAAUCAUCCUAGGUAUCGGUAAAGGACUGUUGUCAGGUGUGGAUGAGCAACUAGCAAAGGAAGCAACUAAAGCAGUUUCCGCUGAGAAACAGAGGAUAGCAGAGGAGGUUGCAUCUAUUUUAAAGUUGAAAGUUGAGAUUGGCAGUGGCUUACAUGAAAAUUUACCGAAGACUAUUGCUGCAUUGCAUGCGGGAUCGGAGUAUGCAGGGGUACCUGUCAACAAUUGUGUACUUAUAACUGGAAGCCAAUCUGGGGUGGCUGGAGCUGAGAGAGUAGGCAUGCCAUAUGUUGUUCUUCAUAGCAGGGAACCCAAAAUUGAAUUCUCAGAAGAGUCAUAACCUACACAUCAUCCAGAUAUUCCUAAUUUUACAGCAUAUCCAACAGAGCAAUUCAGAGAAGGAAAUAUUUGUAAUGAUUUAUUUAUUUGUAUGAGAUAUAACAUAAAUUUAAACCAUGGUAAGCAUACAGAUUUGAUGUGAACAUGAACUUUGAGAAAAUAACUAAGCCAGAGAAUGAAGUUUCUCAUCCAGAAACUUCCACCUCUUCAACUUUUGUACUUCGCCUUUGUAUCAGGUUGGGGCUCGAGUGUUCAAUACCACCAUCAGAGGAGGAAAUAUUUGAUGAUACGGAUGAAUCAGGAAACAAGCUGAAUGCUAGAUUUGACUGCUGUGUGUGAUGCCUAGAACUCUGAGAAGCCAGAUGUGGAGGCGGUCUUGGUGGUUGUGGAGUUGGAUUCCCUUGAGCCUCUUCAGCUAGUCGCCUUAGAAGGUUCAUGACAGUAGGAAGAAACCUUGAUGAGAUGGCUAGAAGUCCAGCCAGCUGCAGAUACCACAAAAUAAGAAAUCAUCUUUGAUAUCCGUUUGGAAUAAUGGUACUGAGGUUUCACUUGGGUAUAUGUGGAAAGAUGAUGCAUGAUGAAUAUAAAGAAUUGAAACAAUUAUUUCA